GAAAUUAUAAAGGACUUGGCUUCGGCCUUAAUGAACUUUUUAUUUCAGGAUAUAAUAUAAAUCAUAUAAGACCUGGCUUCGGCUUUUUUGAAAAUGUAUUUCAGACAUUAUAUAGAACAGACAAGGGUAUGGGCUUAGAUCCCCUUGCCUUUCCAAAGAAGGAAAAAUUGUACCAAAAAAAAUAUUUAUGGGGCCGAAUCAAACAAAAACAAAAAGCAAAGCGUAGUAAGCAAAGCAGGUACAAUUUAGUAAUUCAAACAGUAGAAUUAUGUUAUGUACUUACAUAAAUGAUUUGUUUUAUAAUUUUAUAUACGCCUUCGAAAGAUAAAAAUAAUAUGAAUGAAUUGAAACAUAUUAAAAAAUACAAAACAUUACAAUGCAACAAAAAGUCCGAGAAGCAACAUAGCGCCGGCAUAACAAGAUUUAAUGUUUAAUUAAUAUCAUAAUUCAAAAUUUAGAAGGAUUGUAGACACCCAGAAACUUAAAUCAUGUAAUAAAAUGUCACAAUUUCCUAAUCAAACAUUAUUUAAGUUAUGCAUUAUUAUUUGUGCAGCCACUUUGCCUUUCUUAUUUACAAUAAAUGGUGAUUUUGUUUUUGACGAUUCGGUCGCAAUUACUAAAAACAAAGAUGUCACCUCUAAGUCCUGGUUGGAUUGCUUUUAUAAUGAUUUUUGGGGGACAGAAAUAAAAAGUGAACUAAGUCACAAAUCAUAUAGGCCUUUGACCAUUCUGACGUUCAGGAUAAACUAUUUUAUGAGUGGUGAAAGGUUGAUAGCCAUUCAUUUUAAGAUCACAAACUUAAUAUGCCACAUAUGGGGAUGUAUUGUUUUAUGGAUAUUUUUGAGAACUGUUUUAAAUAUUCAAAAUGAAGGAUUUUAUGAAACCUCAUUUUUGACAACAUUAUUGUUUGCUGUACACCCCAUACAUGUAGAAGCAGUAAGUGGCAUAGUAGGACGAGCUGAUGUCAUGGCUUCAAAUAUUUUUCUUCUUGCAUUUCUUGUGUAUCAUUUCUCACAAUCAAAAUCUAAAUCAAUUUGGAAACACUUAAUUCUGUUGACAACAAUAAUCCUCUCAGGAAUAUCUAUGCUGUUUAAAGAAAAUGGGAUUACUGUUUUGGGAUUUUGUUUGGUGUAUGAAAUUAUGAAUAAGAUGAAAUUUAUGAAAUUAAAAAAAUCAACAACUGGUAAUUUUGUCAUAAAUAACAGAUUUGUAAAUCUGGAAUUAGAUUCAAUACUUAGAAUACUUAUUAUCCUAAGUGGAGCAAUUUUACUAUUAUCGGGAAGGUGGCUUAUAAUGGGAGGAUCUUAUCCAGAAUUCAAACCAGUUGAUAACCCUGCAGCUUUUGUUGAAAAUUAUUACACAAGGGUAAAAACAUAUAAUUAUAUUUAUUUCUUGAAUAUCUUGCUGCUGAUCUGGCCCCAGUGGUUAUGCUAUGACUGGUCUAUGGGCUGCAUUCCUUUACUUGAAAAUAAUAUGGACUUUAGGACCAUAUUCAUAUUCAUUAUGUACAUUUAUGGAGGACUGUUAAUUAAAAGUUUGUUCAAUAACAAAAAUCAUAGUACAACAAAAAGAUCAUUGAUUAUUGGUGUAUCUCUAAUGAUAUUGCCUUUUCUGCCAGCAGCAAAUAUUGUACGCCCAGUUGGUUUUGUUAUUGCUGAGAGAAUUCUCUACAUAUCUUCAUCCGGAUAUUGUUUACUUAUUGUUAUUGGAUAUAAAAAAAUCUGUAAAAAGGUGAACAGUGUAAAAUGUAAGGUGUUAUCUGCAAUGUUUUUAUUUCUGCUAAUAAUUUAUGGAAUGAGAAGUUUCCAAAGGUCAGGUGACUGGCAGAAUGAAUAUAAACUAUUUACGAGUGGGCUUUCGGUGUGUCCUCUGAAUGCUAAAAUACACUAUAAUGUCGCCAAAGUGGCUGAUAGUGAGCAACAUGUAGAAUGGGCUCUAAUGGAAUACAAAGAAUCAAUCAGAUUGAAUCCUACGUACUACCAGGCGAUGAAUAAUCUAGGGAAUCUACUAAAGACUUUAAAACGGUUCGACGAAGCAGAAUAUUACCUACGAGAAGCAAUUAAACAGAAGAAUGACUACCCGGCAACGUGGAUGAAUCUAGGAAUUGUAUUAGCUAAUAAAAAACAAUACCGCGAAUCGGAGAUAGCCUACAAAACCGCUAUACAACACCGAAGAAAAUAUCCGGACUGUUAUUAUAACCUGGGAAACUUGUAUUUAGAGCUGAACGAUACGAAUGCUGCGUCUGAAUGUUGGUUACAGGCCAUAAAUUUAAACUCUAAGCACAAUUUGGCUUGGACUAAUUUACUUGCGCUACUUGAUAAUACAGGACAAACUGACAAGGCUCUAAAAAUCAUUCCGCGUGCACUCAACGAAUUACCGGAUUCGGCAUCAGUAAAUUUCGCUGUUGCAAAUAUUUACGGAAAAAUUGAACUUUAUGUGCAAGCUGAAAAGUAUUUCAAAAUCGCAAUUAAAUUGUUCGGCAAAAGAGUCCAAGCUCUUCAUUUCUCAAAUCUAGGUGUUUUGUACCACCGAUGGAAGAAAUAUAGUUUAGCCAAAGAAAUGUAUAGUAAAGCUAUCGAAUUAGAUCCAUUAUUUACAAGCGCACAGAAAAAUCUGAAGACUCUAAAGAGACUAAACUAAAUCGAUCUAAUAAAUCCCUUGCAAGAUAGGUACUUUAAUUAAUAAUAAUCGCGCGACAAAAGUGGAUGACUUAAAGAAGAUUACUAUACCAUAUUAUAUAUUAAAUGUACUAAUAGAAUUUUAUGCCUCCCAAAACCCUUGGUUUCGCAAUUAAAUUUAAACUAAACUUUAAUCUACUAAAAUUUUGUUUUAAACUAUAAGACUACGACAACUUUUAUUUAUUCCUAAAGAAUACUACUACCAAUAUAUUUUUUUGUUUUCAUUCAUUGUUUAAGCAUAUUGACAUUUUAUAUAAGUAUCAUUUAUUAAUUAUUUCACGGCAACUGAGGUAAAUAUUACGCAGGCUAGCAGUAAGUUUUACAAAAAUCAGGUCAUAGUUUAUUUCUUAUGUACAGUCCGCGCGCGAGCUCCGAGGGUUUUUAAGGUAUGUUAACGUAAUGAGCUAGUGUUGUAAUUAGUCGACAUUGCGCUAUCGAUACUAACACAUCUUAAGCCUCCGUGCGACUGUAAAUUAUAAAAUAGUAUGAGGGUAUUAUGUACUUGAAAUAAAAAUAAAACAAUUGAUCACGUAUGAAUUUAAUUUAAUGAACUUAUACUUAUUGAUCAACAUGAACGUGAAAUCUUAUUAAUUACUCUCGCAAUCAGAUUAAUCAGUAGUUGAAGAAUUUGAUAUACUCCUCUUGAUGUCAUUCUCCUCACGUACUUCAAUAAUAAACGAUUCGACAACAUCCUCCAUUAAGCCAUCCUUUUUCCAGUAAUAUUCCUCUAAUGCUAAGACAUGUUUAUUAUGCUAGUGCUCGCCAUUCCUUUUUCAUCAAAUUAAAUAGCUAUUUGUGUAAACAAAAAUAUUUAUAAGUGUAAGAUUAUUUAUAUUAGAAAUCACAUGUAAUUAACACUGCCAUCACAAAAUUAAAAACAACGAGUCGAUUAGCAUACUCUCACGUUAAGGUCGACACUAGUACUGGGAGAGUGCGGGGUAUGAAGCGAUGGUCGCGCGCGGUGCACGCCCGCCCGCUUCCUCAGCCCCCGAAUCCUCGGAGCUCGCGCGCGAACUGUUUUUUUUUUUUUUUUUCCCUACCUAAGCUGAUAGCCCUAGCGGCUAUUUCAGCGUAGCCUUAACUUUAGUAGGUGAGCUCACGGGGCUCAAACCUGACGAUGUUGCUAACACGAACCCUAGCAAGAGUCGUGCUUCGCAGAAUCUACCACCGGAUCGGAAACGUGACCCACUGAGAAGAUCCGGCGAGAAACUCAGUGGGCUGUGUCUGAGAGUUAAUUUACUCGUCGAGCCCUUCGUCGCAAGCGACGGGUUCGACGAGAACGGUGACCGGUGCUUGAAGUACCUAAAAGCACCGUUAGUGGAUCAGGAGGAUCCGAGAUGACGUGUUUAGGGCGACGUCGACUGCUUUCCAUUCUGUCCGCAGGAUCGGGAAUGUAGUUACCGGCGGCCACGAUGAGAGGGUUCUCGUGUCGUGCCGCUUUAUCGAAGUGGCGCAUGGACGCCGACUGAAGAUACUUACUGAUGGACUCUAAGUCCAGGUCGUCAUGGAGGUCGACGUUCCUGACGAACCACGGGGCUCCGACGGCUAUCCUGCAAAAACGGGAUUGAAUAAUUUGAAAGGAUUUUAAGUGUAUGCGGGCCGCGUGAGCGAACACUACACUUGCAUAGGUCAUGACGGGGCGUAUGCAAGUUUUGUAGAGUGUCACCUUAUUUCUAAGGGACAUUUUACUUCGCCUACAUAUCAUCGGGUAGAGACGUCCUAGAAUGAAGGCGGCACGGUCGCGUACCGUCUUGAUGUGGGGGCGGAAUGUCAUCCUACUGUCGAGGGUGACGCCUAAAUAUUUGACCUUCGGGGCCCACGGUAUGGGCUGGUCGAACAUCGUGAUUGGGCGAACGGCGGGGGCGGGGUUAUUGACGCGCCUAGUCGGGAGAGGGAUGCUCAGCGUGGUGUUCGGAGGGCGACCCCUUUUGAAGAGCACCGCUGUGCUUUUCGUGGGGUUAAUGUCGAUGCGCCACUUCCGGAACCACUGUCCCAUGGUGGUAGCUGCGGUCUGAAGUCGUCGAUGAAGCAACGCCUUCUUCCUACACGAGUAGUAGAUGGCGGUGUCAUCGGCGAAGAGCGCCAGAUGGGUCUCCGGAGACCGGGGUAUAUCGUUGAUAUACAAACUGAAUAGUAACGGGGAGAGGGCGGAGCCUUGCGGGACUCCGGCUGUGACGUGACGGGGCCGGGAACGCGUUCCCUCGACUCGAUAUCGGAACGAACGGUUCGACAAGUAGUCUCGUAUGAUGAGCACGAGCCUGUCUGGCACUCCCAUGUUAUACAGUUUGUAUAUCAAACCGUUGUGCCAGACUUUGUCGAACGCCUUCGCUAUAUCGAAGAAGAGGGCUCCUGUCGGAAUGGGUUUCCGCCUGUUCAGCCCUAGUAAGAUGUGCUCCGUGAGGCGGUGCACUUGAUGGACGCACGAGUGUCUGGCGCGGAAUCCAAACUGCUCGUCUAUCAGAAUUUUGUUCGCGGAUACGAAGUCCCAGAGGCGUUUACGAAGGAGCCGUUCGUAUAGUUUGCCUAUCGCCGGGAGGAGACUGAUGGGGCGGUAACUCGCGGUUUCGUUCUUCGGUUUGCCCGGCUUGUGUAUGCCGAUAACGUCCGCGCGCGAACUGUACUAAAUAGAAAUAUAUACGUCUAAUUCUUUUGUACUAAAAUAAAAAUUAUAGCUUGAUUUCAUAUUAAACUUUUUAACAUGUUAAUAGGUCAUACCUACACAUUCUUCAAUUGAUUUAAACUUAUAUAAAUACUCUUAAGCCGCGAAAUGUUAAUGUUUAAUGUAAUAAAAUCAUCACAUAA